GAAAGGGGGCGAUGAUGGGCAAGCAGUUUCCCGAGUCAAAAUGUCUGUGCAUGAGGUUUGGCAGUUCCUAGAAGAUGCCCGGGAAGCCAAUGUCUCCAUGAGAAAGCUGGCCAUAAUCCGCCGGCGGGAUCGGCAAGGUGGUGUCAGGCAAGGGAGUGUGGAUCUUUGGAUCUGCAAACUGCUGAGCAUGUACCACGAGGAAGCUCGUCUCUGCUUUCUAGGGAGCAAGCAGCUGUGCAUGGUCACUGAUGCCUCCCAUCAUUCGUCAAAGGACUGGCUGAUAAGCUUGGCCUAUGACCCGCUGUCAAUGAAUGGGGCCUACAUGACAGCGCAGUUCGUCAGGUCACGUGUUCCUUUGAUUUUGGUCCGCAAGCAGUUGGACUGUGAGGCUUUUCAGAAGUACAAGCACAGGAUCGCCUGGGAGUUCAACAUGUGCGAUGCUUCUGAUGAGGAGCUGUGGGAUGCUCUCCCUGAGAAGCUUCAGUCCUAUGCUCACAAACUUGGAUUGGUCAAGAGUGGUCGUUGGUUUUCCCUCAACGAACAGGGUGCUGCUCAAAUGAAAGAAUUCACUGCAAGCAGAAUGAUUCUGGAAUGGUAUCUCCAGUCAGAGGAAGGCCCAGACGACGUUGCGCAACGAAAUUUGGACUUCAGCAGGCUUGGUGGGCUGAAGCUUGCCUACAUGGCACACUCGUGGAGGACAUUUGAGAAUUUGUCAAUUGUGCUGAAUGUUCAGCAACCGCUCUGGGACUUUUACUCGGAUACGCUUCAUUUUGUGAAGUCCCCCGAUGAAGGCUUGCAGCACACAAUAUCAGUCUUAGAAGAAGGGUGGAACAAGCACUGGACACCACGUGGCAUUUCACAAAUCAUGAUGUCUCAAGAACUUUGGCAUGGAGUUGUGCAGUGGUCAGACAAUCCGGAUGGAUUUGCAAAAAGAGCCCUCUCCUAUGCCACCGAAGUCAUGGCCCGCCGUUGUGCAUCCUUGAGCAAGCUCAGUUCUCCUCCUGAGUGGUACGCGCGGCUGUUGUCGCCGGAAGUCGGCAAACAAGCUGCAGGUUUGCAGCGUUUGCAAAGUGACUUCAAACUCCUGCUGAAGCUGGAGAGCGCUGAUGUGGCAACAGGUGAGACGUUAGCGGCUGAUCUUCGCCUGACGCAUGACUGUUGCGUUCGUUUUGUGUGCUGCGUUUUCGAGGCCUCGGGCUGGCAGCCUCAGUGCGAGGCUGGCCUUCGUUUCCUAAGAGUUUUGCUGCGCAACUUUGCAGAUUCCAAAGUUGUUGAAGAUUCGCACCAACGGCUUCGGGAUGCAACUGGCUCGAAGGCCAACAAGCAGUUGAAUGGUCUAACUGUUCAGCAAGUGCUGCAGGAUGCACAAGUUUUGGAGGAGCGGGGCAUCUCUCAUCCAGCCAGCAUUUCCAAAGAGAAGCUCGUCAGUUUGUGGCACCGGACGAAAACGUCCUUCAGGGGCAAGAAAGAGUUCCCGGCCUCGCAGCACAAACUUCCGGCUGACUACUCCAAGGUCAUUGUGCAAAAAACCUGGCAGACUAUUUCUGAACAGUCUUUGGUCACAUCAGCCGCUGGCUGGGCUUGGUUUCGCCACUAUUGUGCCAACAACUUGGGCAAUCAGAAUGUGAAGCUUCAGGAUGGGCUCUUGGCCAUGUUUGGUCGCUGUGGACAGGUGAUUGCGGAGAGGGACUCUGAGGAGGCCUUCUUGAUCCUCGGCACAUACAAGUACGCUGUGAUGACCUGGCCGCUCAAAGCCCUGACGGUGCACAACUUUGGGCCUAGGUUCCGUGGCUGGCAGAUCGAGGCUGGAGGGAACGCCCAAGCUUGCUGGAAAUUUCUGCACUCCCCGCAGUCCUGGGUUGCGUGGUCAGUUGACCAAAAGUGGUGUGACGACAUUGGCUUGUAUCUCCGAGCAUGCCGAGCAGAUGAAGAAGACCUUCCCCAAAACACCCGUCGCUACUUUGCCCAGUUGACCUUCAACGAGCUGCUAGCAAUGACAAAUUAUUUUGGGGACAUUCAGCGCCCAAACAAGCUUGCCCGAAAAGAGCUGCUGAGGCAGCUAUGUGUUCGCUUUGGCACCGACUUUGUGGAAGAAAUUCUGGACACUGAGGCAAACGUGAAAGAGAUCGCUCAUGAUUUCAACGCCAGUAAAGAAUUUUUGGCAUGCAUCCUUGAGAACCUUGACCCUGAUGAAAAGCAGAAUUUCGACAACCUCGGCAAGAGCAUCGAGAAAGCCAAGAAAGCAGAAACCCAGAAACGCUG